AGAACCCGGUUUCGCGUCACAAUUUUGAUUGCGGUUUCAAGCAAAUUGAUGGUCACCCAUCCACAAUUCCUGGCUCUUGAGAUGUCGCCAACAGAUCGCUUCGCAAAGCAUCGCUGAAUCUUGUGGGAUGUCCAUAAUCUCAGGAUCUUGCAUUUCAACGAGAUGAAUGCUUCUGUGGCCAGUCCCUCCCUGCCUCGAGCGCUGGUAUUGAUUUGUGUGAUAUUUACCACUUGCGUGCAAGCUGCAGCAAAUUUUACCAUUGUCAAUGGUCAAAUAUACACACCAGGGCUAGCAAUAAUCGAUGCGCCUCAGCCAUUCACGCCUGAAGGGGGUGAUUUCCUCCAGGUCGCCAUCGAUAUCUCAGGCGAUGGCCGGAUAUCCCAGCCUCCGUAUUCUCCAGGUGUUGAGACCGGAAUUCUCAAUAUCACUAUGUUCCUGUUCAGCUAUGUUACAGGCCUCAAUUUGACGAUAUCAAAUGGCACCAGUUAUGGCUGGUUCAGCGAUAGUAUGGAAGCACCAGAGUUCCAUUGUAACUCCACAACCAGUCGAGGCUUUCGGAAUGCGGGCUGCGGGGAAAUCAUGGCACAAGAGAGUGGCAGUACCGUGAAGCACGUCAAUUGGGCAUGGCCCGACUGUUUGGUCGGUGAUGGUGGCCAGGAUUCUGGAAGUUCAUCCGACAGAGGCUCUUAUAACGUCUCGAUCCACCAGUCAUUUCGGAUCAAUGGGACUGGGUAUUACACAAUCUUCAACCUCCCCAUCCAGGUCACUAAUUCCAUUCCCAACACAACCCAGCUGGCAGCCAGAGGAACUCGGCCGUCGUGUGCUCUCCGAAACAAUUCCCUGCAAGAUCAGACGGGCCAGGAUGCGAGCAUGUCGCCUCCUUCAUCUCAGCCCUAUCUCGGCGGUGCUCUCAGCAGCGAAGGCGGGACCCAGAAUCAAGCACUCACUGGGAUGCGCGCUCUUGAUCGCAGUAUAACAGGACUCUCGAUCCUACUUGUUUUAUUUUCAUUUCAAAUGUGAUAUUGUAACAGCUGACUCUAACUGUUUGGUCCCGCUUCUUGUCAAAGGCUAUACAAGCAGGGUUGGGAAUGCAUAAUAUGUACUGGGUCGGCAGCCGGAUGACGGUUGGGUGCUAGUUCUCUUACGCUCCCAGGCGACACUCCGCCGGAGACUCUGGGAUCCUUUUUCAAAGUCGGGAAUGUUCCCGGCGCAGUUCUGCCUUAUUCUCUAGACACAUCGAAGGCGAUUCGAAAGACAACGGCCACUCGG